ACUAACUAAAUGCCAGUCAGUCCACGCCUGCCUCUCAGUGUCACAGUUGCUCCUGCAGAUCAGAUACUUGAUGCUGCCUCUAUAGAAAAGGCGAUCAAGCGGAGAGUGGAACACUAAGAGUUUCUGUAUAAUCCUCAUCUACAUGUAUCUAUGGCUAGCAGCGAUCCUGAGCUAGCGCUAGAGGAAGCACUGAGGCGAAUUCAAGGAGACCACUCGAACGAGUCUGAGCCUGAAGACACCAGCAGUACUGUCUCCUCUACCGAAGAAAUCCCAACGGACUAUUCCCGACGAGAUACUAGUAUCGUUGGACAAUCAGUUGCUUCUGCUGGCGUGCGUUUGCUGUGCAUGCCGCCUAGAUCUGGUUCAGUCCGUCAGUCAUCAUCAGCUGAAGCAGGAGGCCCUGGGGCUACGCGUUCCCAGACGGUGCGAACUGCUUUCUUACCUCCUCGCUCGUCUCGUCGAGCACAAACUGUCAAUAAUUCCAAGGACUCGAUCCUAACUCAAACCGAUUUCUCUCAGAUGGUGUACGAGAAAUUGGAGAGUGUUGCAAGAGAGAGACACCAACUGAAGCUCCGAGCUCAAACCCUUGCCAGACAGCUGGGUAAACCAAUCAAAGACAUUAUGUCAUUAGAUUGGAGUGAUGCACCAGACUCCAAUAGGAAAUUCAUCUCACUAUCGCCCGAAGAGAAAUCCACGACGACAAACCAGAGAGAGCCAUCCUGCAGUGACAGUGGGCUAGGAUUCAGCUACCUAGGACAGUCAUACUCCGAUCUGAGAUCAAUGGACGAACAGCAAGACUGUCUAUUGAACCAAUCAACAUGUUCAUCAAAGCAUUCUUAUCAUAGUUCACUGGAGUACAAUAGCAUUGUACCACCAGUAGUGGGCCCUUCUCCUGAUGGCCCUAGACACAUAACAACAUCAAUCACACAGCAUUAUCAUCAUCCACCUUCUCUGUCCAUUCCAGACUUUACAAGCCCAGUCCCCUCCUCCUCCUCUUCUUUCUACUCUGGUUCUCUUCAUCAUCAGCCUCACCACUCACGUCAUCAGCAUCCCUCCCACCGCUCUUCUCCUCUCCCCUACCACACCGUCCACCCUCUCUCCUCUGCUCCACAAUCCUUAUUACCAGUUGGGACAAACUCUACUGCUGCUACACCCCUCCCUCUCCCUCCUCCAUCUCAGUCUUUAUUGGUAGCAUACACAAUAGACACUUCAAAGAACACUUUUGCCAAAAGAAUUAAUCUGGUAGCCCCAGUGUUGACACUGAGACAAUUUAAGGAUGACAUAUUUGCAAGGAAAGGAUCGUACAGAUAUUUCUUUAAAAAGUACUGCGAAGAACUAAGCGAUGUGAUAUUGGAAGAAGCAACAGAGGACAUGCAAGUACUCCCACUGUACAAUGGUAGCAUAGUUGGACAUGUUGAAAAAAUAGAGAGAGACUAGGUGUUGCUCUCAGUUGGCGUGCAAUUGCACAUUCACUCUCUGGCAGCCAAUUUGACAGGCACUUUUUAUCUUUGUUACAUUAUAAUAUUAUUAUUAAUAUAUUAUUAUUAUUUUGUUAUUAUAACUAUUAUUAUUAUUAUUAUUAUUAUUAUUAUUAUUAUUAUUAUUAUUAUUGCUCCAAUUGAUACAUGUUUUGGUGUGUGAUUGUGAGUUUAUUUUUAUUUUUGAUGGCUCGUUUUACAAUGAUGAAAACAAA